CCAUUUCAUUAUUUGUCUUAUUAUCUUCUCAAAGAUCACACUAUUUUCACUCUUUCUCUUUAAUUUCUCUUCCCACACACAACACAAGCAAACCCACUAAGCUUCAAAACCGUUUAUCUUCCACUCUUCAAAACCCUUUCAGAACCCUCUCAUUUUCUUCCAUACCUCUAACCGCAGAAGCGCUUUUAAUUUCUGUUUUCGUAUUUAGUGGAGGCAUGGAAAGGGCAUUGGUUGUUGCCAACCCUAAAAAGAGGAAACUCAUGAUUAGUGAUGACGAUGACGAUGAUUUUGGAAUACGAAGAAGAGAGUUCAGGUUCAAAGUUUUGUUGCCGAAUGGAACUAGUGUGGAAUUGACAGUGUGGAGUGUAGAAACUGAGAUGCAUUUUGAGGAUUUUGUUGGAUUAGUUCGAGAAAAGUAUUUGGAACUUCGGAAAAAAUGUGAAUGGAUGAAGAAGAAAAGGGAUAUAAAUUGGAAGGGAAGUGGUUUGUAUCUUGAGGAUGCUGGUGAUAAUAAGAUAAGAAAUGUUAUCGAGUUAAAAAAUUUCAUGCCUCGGAAGUGCCAUAUUUUGCGCCUUAAUGAUGGGAGUAGCGAUGUUGCUCAGACCUUUGAGAAUAUGUGGGACUUAACACCGGAUACAGAUUUGCUACUGGAGCUUCCUGAAGAAUAUAAUUUCGAAGCUGCUAUUGCUGACUUGAUUGAUAAUGCUUUGCAAGCUGUGUGGUUCAACGGGAAAAAUAGUCGGAAGCUAGUCAGAGUAAAUGUUACUGACGAUAAGAUUUCAAUUUUUGACAAUGGUUCUGGAAUGGAUGACUCCGAUGAGAAUUCACUAGUAAAAUGGGGAAAGAUGGGUGCUUCGGUUCACAGAUUAUCAAAAUCAAUGGCUAUUGGGGGAAAGCCCCCAUACUUAAGGGUAAUCUUCAUUUCCUUUAUCUACACUUCUGGUCAAAUAUGUUGUCUGUGA